UAGAACCCGAAACCAUUUAAAAAAAAAAGGGGAGAACAAUGCGAUCUUGCCCAACAUUAACUGCAUAUGGUCGCCACUAUUGUGCGCCGCCACGUAGACUCGUCUCCUUAACCUUCACCUCUCUCCACCGCCACAAUUCUGCUCAGUUUCUCAAUUUCAGUCUCUUCACCGCCUUUCGUUCUCCCUUCUCCCGCAUGGAGGUUCGCUAAAUCCUUCCUCUCGCCAUGAAUCUCUGCUUCAGUUUUCUCUUACUAAUUUUCUCUUUCGCUGAGAUAUAUUCCUCUGGUUUUUCUGAUUCGAUUUGUUUGGAGACUCCGAAACUUGAUUCAAUUGGGCUAGAGACCGGAACUGGUUUGACCGGUAAUAAAGCAAUGGUGGAAAAUCUGAAGCGGUUUGGUGUGAUAUCAUCGAAGAAAGUAGCUAAAGUGAUGGAGGCUUUAGAUAGAGGUCUCUUUGUACCAGCUGGAUCUUCAGCUUAUGCUGAUACGCCCUUGCCUAUAGGUUACAACGCCACCAUAUCCGCUCCACAUAUGCACGCCAUGUGUUUGCAGCUCUUGGAAGAUAAGCUUCAGCCUGGGAUGCGCGCUUUGGAUGUUGGCUCAGGAACUGGUUACUUGACUGGCUGCUUUGCUCUGAUGGUUGGAGCUGAAGGACGCGUUGUUGGCGUGGAUCAUAUCCCUCAGCUUGUCGAUAUGUCUAUCAAGAACGUUGAAAAGAGUGUUGCUGCUUCUUUGCUUCAGAAAGGAUCUCUCUCCUUACAUGUUGGUGAUGGAAGGAAAGGUUGGGGAGAGUUUGCGCCAUACGAUGCAAUUCACGUAGGAGCAGCGGCAUCAGAGGUCCCUCACGCGCUUUUGGACCAGCUGAAACCUGGUGGAAGAAUGGUGAUUCCAGUAGGAACAUAUUUUCAAGAGCUUAAGGUGAUUGAUAAAAGCGAGGAUGGUUCCAUCAAGGCACGUACUGAAACUUCAGUUAGGUAUGUGCCUCUUACCAGCCGCGUUGAACAGACGGGAGGGUUUUGAAGAAACCAAGCAAGAACACUGCUUCCUACGUCUUAGUGUGCAUAUAGAGGUUGUGUAUGUUCUGUAAUAUAUUUUGAUGGGUAACAAAUAACAAUAUGUUUAUGAACCAACAAAAUAAAUGAGAAUAGUGUUCAAGAAA